GUUAGCCCACAUAGCUUUGAAUUCCAUUGUAUCAUGAAAACAAUUUUUGACACUUAAAUCAACUACUAGAAGUCUUAAAUUUGUAGUACUAGUAUUAGUGUAUUACCUACCCCCGUCUUCUUGUGACUUCGUGGACUAUGCUAAACAUUUUCCAUGAAUUUCCUAUCUUACCCUUUUAGGCUCGUUAGACGACCAUUCUUCUUCAUCUUUGAAUUUCUGACCAUGUUAGUACCUUCCAAAAUUCUGGUCUUCAAUCCGUAAGCUCAAUUAAUUGUUUAAUGCCAUUAAGUUUAUGCGAAAUGCAAAUUAAUUUCACAAUUUUGAUUCCAUAAUUGCAUCGUAUAAUAGCUAAGACGAUUCAAAACCCUAGAUCUCAGCAAAACUUUUUUAAUCAGUUGCAAAUUUCAGUUUAUUUUUUAGGUUUGAAUUUCUUUAGAGGAAUUUAGAUCCACUGGCUCAAACAUGCCGGUGGCAGCUUCUGCGAUUUAUUUCCUGAAUCUUCGUGGAGAUGUUCUUAUCAAUCGCCUCUAUCGCGAUGAUGUCGGGGGCAACAUGGUUGAUGCGUUUCGAAUGCAUAUUAUGCAAACAAAGGAACUUGGUACUUGUCCAGUGAGGCAGAUAGGAGGCUGCUCUUUUCUUUAUAUGAGAAUUAGUAAUGUGUACAUUGUAAUUGUUGUGAGCAGCAAUGCUAAUGUGGCUUGUGCUUUCAAAUUUGUUGUUGAGGCUGUGAAUCUUUUCAAAUCUUACUUUGGUGGGCAGUUUGAUGAAGAUGCUAUUCGAAAUAAUUUUGUCCUGAUAUAUGAAUUGUUAGAUGAAAUUAUGGAUUUUGGAUACCCACAAAAUCUCUCACCUGAAAUUUUGAAACUUUACAUUACUCAAGAGGGUGUACGUUCACCAUUUUCAUCGAAGCCUACCGAUAAACCAGUGCCGAAUGCAACGCUGCAAGUGACUGGUGCCGUUGGCUGGCGUAGAGAAGGUCUAGUUUAUAAGAAGAAUGAGGUCUUCUUAGAUAUUGUGGAAAGUGUCAAUCUUCUUAUGUCUUCGAAAGGUAGUGUCCUGCGUUGUGAUGUUACUGGAAAGAUUCUUAUGAAGUGCUUUCUGUCUGGAAUGCCUGAUUUGAAGCUCGGAUUGAAUGAUAAAAUUGGUUUGGAGAAAGAGUCACAGUUGAAAGCACGUCCAGCAAAAAGUGGAAAGACGAUUGAGUUGGAUGAUGUAACAUUCCACCAAUGUGUGAAUUUGACAAGAUUCAACUCAGAGAAGACUGUCAGUUUUGUCCCUCCAGAUGGUGAAUUUGAAUUAAUGAAAUAUCGUAUUACUGAGGGUGUUAAUCUCCCCUUCCGGGUAUUGCCUACUAUCAAGGAAUUGGGUAGGACACGUAUGGAAGUGAAUGUUAAGAUCAAGAGUGUCUUUGGUGCAAAAAUGUUUGCUCUUGGAGUGGUGAUUAAAAUCCCAGUUCCCAAACAAACAGCAAAAACAAACUUCCAAGUGACGUCCGGUAAAGCAAAGUAUAAUCCAUCUAUAGAUAGCUUGGUCUGGAAGAUAAGAAAAUUUCCAGGACAGACCGAAUCGACGUUAAGUGCUGAGGUGGAGUUGAUUUCUACCAUGGGAGAGAAGAAAUCCUCGACAAGGCCCCCAAUUCAAAUGGAAUUCCAGGUUCCAAUGUUCACAGCAUCAGGGUUACGUGUUCGUUUCCUCAAGGUCUGGGAGAAAAGUGGCUAUAACACCGUUGAAUGGGUUCGUUACAUUACAAAGGCUGGUUCCUACGAAGUCAGGUGUUAAACAGACAAUUAAGGAGGCAGCUUUUUUCUUCGAGGACAUUGUAGAGAUUUUCUGGAGCUGCUGAUGUCUCACAUUUAUUGUGGCAUUGGUUGCAGUUGCUAUCAAGUCCAAAUUAACCCUCUUCCAGCUAAUUUUCUGCUUGUUGCUCUCGGAAAUGCUAAUUUCUUUCCUUCGCCUCAUCUCCAAAUGUUUCGACCCCCUUGUAUUUUUGUUUAUUCAAUAUUUGAUAGUAUAGCAUAUGUUGAUAUGAUAUUUACAUUUACAGUGAGAAGAAAUGUCUUGUGGAAAAAAAUUGCAUUCAGAAUUAUGCUAACAGAAGUGCAGAGUUUUGAAAUUUACACCUUUUAUUGUGAAGUCCUCUCAAUGGGGAUCUUGAUUUGUUGAAUUUGAUCCUUGUAAUAUUCAGAAUUUUGGUAGCAAAUACUUUUGUGUUUGUGCUGUA